AUGGAUACAGUCACCAUUCAAUCAUCAAUAAUUAUCAACUUUACAAAUACAAGCUGCUCAACACCGCUCCUCUGGUCGCAAAAGGACAUCGACAGUCGCAAAUCACGAUUGAUCGUGUGCAUACUCGCAGUGUUCACUCAUGCAAUCUUUUGGCUUCAGCCCAUCUUCUGUUCAACUGUUCGACAAAAAUCAAUGCAAUGGAUCUACGCUUAUCUCAUCACCGACAUUUUCCUCAUAUUCCGAUUCUUCUUCACUUACAUUGUUCGUACAACGACUACGGAUUGUGAGCCAGAUCCAGCGUGGAUAACGUUCAUCUGUUACUUCGAUGCAACAUUCGACAACUACUUCAACGUUCUUGAGGUAUAUAUGUUGUUGGCACUGAAUAUCUGCCGGUACAUUCAAAUAGCAUAUAACAAGAAUGUUUAUGAACAUUACAAAACUCAUCUGAUUUGUGCACACCUUGGUAUUUACUUCGGUACAGCAAUCUCUUUAAUCAUACAAUUCGUAUUAGAAUGGGCUCAAUUGCUCAUCAUUUUCCGUAGUUCAUGUCAAGUCACUUAUACCAACAUCUAUAUUCAAGUGUUCAAUAUCAUCACUGCAUUUGUUUUGCCUAUCUUGCUGAACGUUGUUGUCAUCUAUAUGAGCGUUCGACAUGUCCGUUUGACAUCGACUUUGCAACGAGCAACACAUGUAUCCGCUCGAGAAAAGUACAAUCGAACAUUGGUCAUCCAGUUUCUGAUCUUUUAUCUCAUCUGGGUAUCAUUGUGGUCACCGAACGUGAUUCUGUAUCAAGUCUCAGUUGGUCAAGGUUUGAGUAAUACUUUUCGUCUACUGAAUUUCAUUGAGAUAGCUUUGGAUCCGAUCAUUCUUGCAGCACUCGAUGUUCGUUUCUGGCAAGCGUGGCAGCGAUGCUGGAAAUACAUGAAAGCCAGAGUAUGGCAACAUGGUCCAGGUCUCGCACAAAUUCAACCAACAACUAGAAUCAACACAUUGUCCGCUAAAACUCCACAGCUACGAACGACUGCUUGUUAA